AACGCUGAGAUCCAAAAGGGAGCUAUGUGCGCUAAAGUGUUGAAGUGAGCUUCACGUUUCCUCAUGGUUUUCACGAUCGAAUUUGUUCAUGCGAAUUACAGCCAUUUAAAAGAGUAAUUUCCACAGGAAUAAGAUGAUACAAUGAUAGUUCUAGAAGGAGAUGACACGAUGGAUGGUGGGAGGCAGGCUCGUCUUUCACGCCCACACCGAAUCAGCGAGUCUUCAAAAGUGUAUCGAUGGGCAGACCAAGCUAGCUAUCUCCUACAGGGUUUGAAUGAACAAAGAGAGUGUGGUCAGCUAUGUGAUGUGGUGUUAGUGGCCAAUGAGCAGCGAGUGCCUGCACACCGGGCCCUGCUGGCAGUCUCCAGUCCAUACUUCCAAGCCAUGUUCACUCUUGGCAUGCGAGAGGAGCGCCAAACUGAGGUAGAGCUGGUGGGAGCCUCCUACGUUGGUGUAAAAGCAGUUGUGGAUUUUAUGUACAGUGGUGAACUGCCACUUGACGGUGGAAACAUUGACUAUGUGCUGGAGACGGCUCACCUGCUGCAGGUGUGGCGGGCAGUAGAUUUUUGUUGCCAGUACCUGGAGAAGGAGGUGAGUGAGGAGAACUACCUGUACCUGCAGGAGCUUGCCUUACUCUACAGCCUGGACAGGCUGGACGCCUUCAUAGACCGCUUCAUCCUGGAGCGGUUUGCCACACUCUCCUUCACGCCAGAGUUUUUAAGGGACGUGCGCUUGUCCAAGCUGUGCUCGUACCUGGCAAGUGAGCAGGUACAGCAUGAGAGUGAGCAGGCCCUCCUCCAGGCUGCCCUGCAGUGGCUGAGCCAGAGGCCCGAGCGCAUAGCCUUUGCCCGACAACUGCUGUCCCAUAUUCGCUUCACCCUGAUCCCCCCAGAAGAGCUGAUCAAGCAGGUGCUGCCAACUGUACGCUCUCUGCUGCUACCAGAAUCUGGCUGUGAAGCUCUGGUGGAAGAGGCACUAGGCUACCAUGCCCGCGUCAGUGCACAGCCCGUGCUGCAAACAGCCCGCACAAAGCUAAGAGGUGGGGUAGAGCGCCUCUUGCUGGUUGGAGGAGAAGUAUAUGAGCGUGGGGAGGAGCUUAGCACCGAAGUGUGCUGGCUGGAUGAAGAAGCAGGAACAUGGGAGGUGGAGACCCAGUUGCCAGCUCAGAGGAGUCACCACUGUGUUGCAGUGCUUGGAGGAUUCAUCUUCACGGCAGGGGGAAGUUCUUCACGGGACAAUGGGGGAGGCGCAGCGAGUAACUUACUCUACCGAUACGAUCCACGCAACAACACAUGGGUCAAGAGUGCCUCUAUGAACCAGCGGCGGGUGGAUUUCUAUCUGGGCACCAUGGGGGAAUGCCUGAUUGCUGUUGGAGGACGUAAUGAUAGUGGUGCGCUAUCAUCUGUAGAGGUCUACCAUCCUGUUGAGGAUUACUGGGCCUAUGUAGCAGGACUACCCAGAUUCACAUAUGGCCAUGCGGGCACUACACACAAAGAUGUCGUUUACAUCUCAGGAGGCCAUGACUACCAGAUUGGACCUUACCGACGUGAUAUGCUGAGCUAUGACCCAAGCUCUGGUGACACAUGGACAGAGCGGCAGGCAAUGACUUUGGCUCGAGGCUGGCACUGCAUGACAUCAUUGCAGGACAAAAUCUACGUAAUUGGGGGAAGUGACGACCACGAGGACAGCAUGGAGCGCUUUGAUGUGCUGGAAGUGGAGGCCUUUGAUCCACAGACUGAGCAGUGGAGUAGAAUAACACCAUUGCGGUAUCCCAACAGUGAGGCGGCAGUAGCAGUAUGGAAUGGCAAGAUCUAUGUCAUGGGAGGCUACACUUGGGAGCACAUGGACUUCUCUGAAAACACUCAGGUGUUUGUUCCAGAGAAAGGCCAGUGGGUGAUGGGACCCAACCUGCCGAGGUACAUUGCUGGAGCCUCUGCGUGUGUUUGCACUGUACGACCUCAAAAAUCCUGCAACACAGAACAAAAUAGGAUAGGACAGAGGGGGAAAGACAAGCAGAAUUCCAGUCAAGGACAAGACAGAUAACUGUAGCAAGAAACCUUGUUAUUUUAUUGCCCUGAAAGCAGAUGUGUGUUUCUUCCCAAAACGCAGACUUUGGCACUAAGGGCUUGAGCUGAUCUGAGAUCAGUAAUUGUGAACUGCUGAAGGAGGAGAUGAGCUGGAUUAAACUGCUGUUUUGAGUCAUUUCUGAAUCAGUUGAUUGCAAUAAUGAGUGAUUUUAGAGGUGCCUCUUCAGGCCUUUAUAAGAGUGUAGGCAAUUAUUCCAUUUGUAGAAAUAAUGCGCUGUUGUGUCUGUCAAGCUGCUGGUGAAUUUUUCAAAGCACAAAUCUGAAGAUAUGUUUUCUACCACCGCAUUGUGUGUAAUGCUUGCCUUUGCAGUUAACGUUUCAGAUAACUUCAUUAUGUGGAUUAACACGGGCAGACAUUUUCAAUAUUGCAUUAAAAAAUUGAACACACUGCA